CGAGCACCACCGCAGCGCCCAAAAAAUCCCGCCGUCGCGCGCCCAUUUCCCCCACCUUCCCGCCUCGCCACGCGCGCCCAUUUCCUCCCCUCCAACCAACCGCGGCCUGCCGAAACCCCAAUCGAAGCCCGUCCCCCGGAAUCCCCGCCCCCCAUGGCGCCGUCGCCGCCCACCGCCCCCAAGACCAUCGCCGACUUCUUCGUCCGCCCCGCCAAGCGCCUCCGCUCCGGCGCAACCACCACCACCGUCGUCGUCCCCGCCGCCUCCCUCUCCCCCUCCUCCGGCCCCUCGGACCCCACCUCGCUCUCGCCGGAGCAGCGCCGCAGGGCCGACACCAACCUCGCGCUCGCCCGCGCGCGCCGCAACCUCCGCCUCGCCGAGUCCAAAGCGGCCGGCGGCGGCGCGAAGCUGGAGGAGCUGCUCGUGGAGGAGACGUGGCUGGAGGCGCUGUCCGGGGAGCUGCGCAAGCCUUACGCGCUCGACCUCUGCCGCUUCGUCGCCCACGAGCGCCUGCACGCCAAGGUGCCCGUCUACCCGCCGCCGCACCUCGUCUUCCACGCGCUCCACACCACCCCCUUCCACAGCGUCAAAGCCGUCAUCAUCGGCCAGGAUCCAUACCAUGGUCCUGGCCAGGCCAUGGGAUUGUCGUUUUCAGUACCAGAGGGGAUCAAAAUUCCUUCCAGCUUACAAAACAUAUUUAAAGAGCUGCAUAAAGAUCUAGGGUGUACUAUACCAUCCCAUGGGAAUUUGGAAAGAUGGGCUGUGCAGGGUAUUCUUAUGCUCAAUACCGUGCUAACAGUGAGGGAACACCAAGCCAACUCGCAUGCCAAGAAAGGAUGGGAGCAGUUCACUGAUGCUGUCAUUAAGACAGUAUCACAAAAGAAAUCAGGAUUAGUCUUUAUUCUCUGGGGAAACUCAGCUCAAGCGAAGAUAAGAUUGAUUGAUGAAACAAAACAUCACAUUCUAAAAUCUGCUCAUCCGUCAGGCCUGUCUGCAAACAGAGGUUUCUUUGGAUGCAGGCACUUUUCGCAGACGAAUCAGAUCCUGGAGAGGCUUGGGCUAUCCACCAUCGAUUGGCAGCUCUGAGGAAUCAUCGGACGACACCAUGUGACAUGUCUGCCCGACUGACUGAUAACCACCCUUUUGAUUUUGUGGAAGGUGUCUGUCGUCUUCGGCCAUCAUUUUGGAGGCAACUUGAACUUGGUGCCGCUGCUGGAAGUGCCGCUCUGCUUGCUGUUGCACGUCUAGUUUUGCUAGCCCUCCAGUCAUACCCUAUGAUGAUCUACUAGUUAUGUUAUGUACUUGUUGUGCCAAAUGCUGGCUCCUGAAAAUGGUUUGGCCCCUUUGGUUGUCGUGUGCGUGCAACUGCUCUCUCCUGCACCAGGUCGCCUCUGACGUACUAUCAUUGUAUAACAAUGAGCCUAAUAUUGUAGUGAUGCACUUGUACGUUGCGGUUAAAUUAACCUGUUUGCCUAAUAUUGUACUAGGGUCAAUAGGUGAUUGAAAAGUGCUCAAACAUGUCUCUUCAGGACUGUAAUGCUGCAAUACAGCAGAUAUUGUUUAGUGUUCAGAUACAACUAGCUGACAAACCUAACCAAGUAUCACAAUAUUCAUUGCUCA